AUGGGCUUCCUGAGCAUUGACUUGCUCACCAACCUGCACCCCCAUGCUUUCCCACCCAACAACCCCUCUAUGCCAUUUGCAGAUCUGCUCAGGCCAGCCAAGAUCUCCAACAGCCUUGGGACCCAUGUGUUGGUCAUUGGGGACCCCGUCUUGAACCAGCUGCCAAUCAGCAUGCUCAUAAGUACCCAGACCCACUCCUCAUCCAUCAGAGCUGCCUUGAGAUAUCUACUCACCAUCUGCACAAAACACCACAGCCAAGAGGAUGGCCGGCUCAUCCUGGCAUUGCCGGACGGGCCCAGGCCGCAGCCGCAAGGGCUUGGCUACAUCAACUGGAACUCCUCUUGCCAGGCAUACAGCCUGCGCAAGGUGCUUGAAGGACUUGCUGUGGCAGGGAUUGUCCCCACCCUCAACCGUGUCCUGAUUGACAACGUUUAG